UUGAGAUACAUACCAUAAUGUUCACCCUUUUAAAGUAUACAAUUCAGUGGUUUUUAAUAUAUUCAUAGUUCUGACUCAGCAGCACUACCUGUUUUGGGAACAUUUUGAUCACCCCAUAAAGAAAGCCCAUACCCAUCAGCAGUAACUACCCAUGCUGCUCCAACUCCCACCCUCCUCAUCCCAGCAACCACUCAUUUUUUUGUCUCUGUGGAUUUGCCUGUUCUGGACAGUUCAUAUAAAUAGAAUAAUAUAGUAUGUGGCUUCUUGUGCCUGGCUUCUUGCACUGAGCAUAAUGAUUUUGAGGUUCAUCCACAUUGUGGCAUGUGUCAAUACUUCAUUUCUUUUUUUGCCAAAUAAUAUUCCACAUUUUAUUUACCCAGUCAUUAACUGAUGGACAUUUGGGCUAUUUCUACAUUUUGGCUGUUAUAAAUAGUGCAGCUAUGAAAUUUAAAAUUUGUAUAUAAGUUUUCACGUGGAUAUACAUUUCCACUUCUCUUGAUUACAUAGCUAGGAGUGAGUGGAAGAAUAUCGUUUUCUGUAGAUACUCUGUCAGACUAAGGAGUUUGCAUCUAUUUCUAGUAUGAUAAAAGCCUGCCUGCCUUCCCACUUUCCUUUAUUCCCCUUCUUUCCUUCUUUCUUCUUUAAACAUUAAGAUAAUCAUAUAAUGUUUGAAUUUUAUCCUUAAAUCAACCAGGUUUCUUGAAUAAACCCAAUGUAGUCAUGACGCUUUAUCCUAUUUAUAUGUGGUUUGUUUGAUUUGCUAAUAUUCUAGUUUCUUUUGAAUCUAUACUCAUUAGUUAGGCUGAUCUAUAAUUUUCUGUUCUUAUAAUGUCCUUGACAGGUUAUAAAAGUUAUGCUGGCCUUAACAAAUUGUUUGAUAGAAUUUGUUAAUAAAUAGGCCUAUGGUAUUCUUUGUGGGAGAGUUUGAAAUUAUGAAUUUGAUUUAAUAGUUAUAGGUAAUUCAGAUUUUCUACUUCUUCUGAUAGUUUUAUUAAGUUAUAUUUUUCUAGAAAUUCUCUCUAUCAUCUAAAUUAUGUCAUAAAGUUGUUCAUAAUAUGCUCUUAUUUUCUUUUAAAUGUUUUCAGAAUCUGUAAUGAGCAAUUAUUCUAGUCCUCAUCCCGGUAACCUGUGCUUUCUCUCUUCUCUUCCUAUUUUACUAUUUGCUUCCAAUUUUACUAUUUGCUUCCAAUUUUACUAUUUUUAAUUUAUUUUUUAAAAAACCCACAACUUUCUCUCUUCUCUUCCUAUUUGACUAUUUGCUUCCAAUUUUACUAUUUUUAAUUUAUUUUUUAAAAAACCCACAACUUUUAGCAUUGUUGAUCUUGUCCACUGCGAAAUUGUUUUCAUUGAUAAUUUUGCUCUUUAAUAUUUCUGGCAAACACCCUCAGGGCAAAAAGCUGAUCACAGGCCUCUCAGAUUUGGGCCCAGUGAGACAUCAUUGAUGAUCUUAAGAUGUUUAUAGUGAUUCAGCUUUUUUAGUUGUCUUUGAUGGGGAGGUUUGUAGAAUCACCCAAUCUAUAAGUAUUAGAUAUAGAAAACCAAAAAUGUUAAUGGUCCACUUUAAAAAUAUAUGGCACCUACAUAUAUUUCCUAUUCAAAAAUAUGAAAUAAUUUAAAAACUAAAGUGGUAGGAGAACGGGCAUUUUAUAUGUUUCUGGUUGGAGUAUACAUCUCUAGAAUCUUUUUGAAAGUGACCCAGAAACACGCAUCAAAACUCAAAAAGGGGAAACAACCCAAAUGUCCAAUGAUAAGUGAAUGGUUGAAUAUGUCACAGAAAAUUUAUACAUCAGUACUCCACUUAAAUGUUAAUAUUGCUUUGAGAGGAUGAAUUCAAAAAAAGCAAAUGAAGCAACUGUCAUACUUCAGUGUGAAUUAGCUGAAAAAACGUUUGACUAUGGCAAUGAGGUGGUGACACAGAACUGGCCAGAGGCAAGGUAGGACUCCCAAUUCUGAGAGAGGCCUCACUUAAAAUUUCCAAAAUUUAGCUUUAUCUGGGUGUUAUCUACAAAAUUGUCAUAUGGAAAGCAAGUACACCCUUAAAAGAAAAACUAACUCUCUGUUGCUCUACACCACAGACGUGAAGAUACUGAAAAGGUGACCUUACUCAAACACAUUCUGGAGCUCUACACCACAGACGUGAAGAUACUGAAAAGGUGACCUUACUCAAACAUGUUCCGGAGCUGGAACCCACAUUAGCCACCCUUGUGGCCUGGGCACUGAGGGACCUGCUCACAUCCUGUUUGGUGAAUAACACUAAACUUUGCAGAGCAGCUGUUAGAGCCAAGUUUCGAGAUAUAGUUAUGCUGGGCAUUGUACAGUGUUUUUCAUUUUUGUAAAAAUUUACACAAUAUCUAGUAUGUUUUUAGAUAGCUAGCUCUGUCCUUCAUGGUAUUUUCAAUAUUCACUAACCUUGCCUGGUAGAGUAUGGGGGUUAAAAUUAGCACAGAAAUUUAAAGCAGGUUUUAUUGGUACAUAGAACAAAUUAUACAUAGAAGUGGUAUUUUUUCCAUGUCCUAUUGUCUUUGAUUCAGCUUGUACAAAAUAAUUGUUUUCUGUUAAUUGUAUGCUACUCUGUGAUUACAGAUUAAUAAUAAUAGUAAUAAAAAAGAUCGCUAUAAUAAUAAAGGGGUAGAGAACUCUAAUACCAGUAUUUUCCAUUCACUACUGUUGUUAAAAUAGUUUGUGCAGAAGGAUUCAUAUAACAGUACAUUAAACCACAAAAUUUUAGGGCAGAGACAUCAGAAACUGUACAAUCUAGUUCUCUGUCACUUUGUCAAUCUUGGCAUGGUAAUUAAUGCUACUCCUCUAUACUGCUACUUGUUACUUCUUCUAGUGAUUGUUUAAAUUCUCUUUAAAAAGUUAUCAGUUUUCUGAUGUGGGUAUUAAAAACCUUUAAACAUAAAAAUGGAGAAUUACACAGUAAAUUUUCCUCAUAAUUCGAUCAGCAAGAUAAUCACUAUUAACAGUUUGUUGUUUAUUCCUUCCAACGUUCUCUAGAAAGAUGCUAAAUUGUAUAUAUUAAAAGAAGGUAAUAGCACAUGUACUGUUUUGAAAUUUCUUAUUUCUUCUUGGUAUAUUGUGGACAACUCUGUAUGCCUGUAUACUUCAAUCUCUCUCCAUAGUUUUUAAUUAUUUUUAGAAAUUUGAGUGGCCCAUGAACUUAGUCCAUCAUCUUGAUUUGAUCCCUCCAGGUCAUUUUAAGAUUUAGGGAAAAAAUAUCUAGCUCUUCUCUGUCAAAUAUUUUGGAUCCCUGAGGUAGAAGAAUAAGAUUUUAAUAUAUGUGCUACUGAAAUGUGCACUAGAAUAAUAUGAAUUUAAAAAAUAGGUAUUAUGUAAUUACCUACUCUAUAACUGGCACAUUAUAUAUGUUAUUCAUUUUAUUUGCACGAAAAUAAGGUAACUAUUACCAUCUCCAUUGCACAAAAGAAUAAACUUUAGUCAGAAACAGCAGUAACUCACUCAAGGUCACCUGCAAGCAGUGCUAUGUGCCUGCAAUCCUGACCUGUCUCUGACCUCCUCACUUGCAGAUAAAAGACACUGAGGCUAAAGUACAUAAACAGUUUAACAGAGUAACCAUAAUCAGAAACAUCACAGCUCUCUUGAACACUUUCUUGUUAUUGCUUCAAGUUUGGAAGUUACAUAAUUUCAAUGACAUUAAUAUGUAACAGCUUUUUGUUUUGUUAACAAAACUGCAUGUGAGAUGGGGGUGGGCAGACAGAGAGAUGAUGAGAGAUGCAUUAUCCCAACUAAAGGCAUCCCAGGAAUGCAGUUCUAACUUGGCAACAAUGGCAUCUCUGUAAUCUGAUAAAACUCAAAUGGUAUCACACAGGCUAGUUUAAAGGUCGAGAAUUUUUUAUGCAAAUAGUCUACGAAAACCACAGAUUUCUUAAUCAAGCUCCAUUUUCAUGCUUCUGCCUUCUCAGCCUACAGACUAAUGUUUUUUUCCGCCUGCUGCUGCUUUCCAUUUUUCUUGUGAUUUAGAAAAAAUAUUUCCCUUGGUAACCAUUUUCCCUGGUUACUCCCUUGGCUGAUUUUCUGCACAAAGAACUGAAAGGCAUUUAUUCCCAAGAGAAGCAGUUAUUUUAGAUUUUACUAAGAAGUCAGUUAUCAUUUUUCACCAUUCCCUUCUGUUCUUUGUUUUAAAGAAAGCUGAUUUUUGUUUCAUUUUCAGCUGGAGACUUAAAUGACACCAAGCAAAGCCUACUUAGUUUAGAUUUCCAGGAACUGGAUGGUGAAAAAGCAAGCAUGAAGUUUGCAGGUCUAUUCUGUAUUUUUCUGCUUAUCAUUUUCCAAACUGACUUUGGACAAAAUGAAACAAUUCCUAGGAAGCAAAAAAGGAAGAUGUAUUACAGAAGAUUGAAGAAAAGUUCUUUGCCAAACCACAGAUCCAGUAGACAGCCUGGAAUGCAGCAGACAACAAUGGGGACACCAACAGCAACAUUUCCCAUGGUUAGCUUGGAUUACAGCAUGGAGGAGAAGUCUGAAUCCUUUAUAAGGUUUCUUGGAGUAGAAACAAGCUAUAAUGUGCUGCCAGGAAAGAAAGGACACUGUUUGGUGAAUGGGAUAACCAUGUACAACAAAGCUGUAUGGUCUCCUGAGCCCUGCACUACCUGCCUCUGCUCAAAUGGAAGAGUGCUUUGUGAUGAAACCAUGUGCCACCCUCAGAUGUGCCCCCAAACAGUUACACCUGCAGGAGAAUGCUGCCCGGUCUGCUCUGAUACCGCCUCCUAUUCACUACUCAGUGGUACAACAUUAAAUGACAAAACGGAAUUUUCUGGUGAUUCUUCAGAACAAAGAGAACCUACUCAUUUACUUCAGAAGCAAUUGCCACCUCCUCAGGUGGAAAUGGAUCAAGCAUUGAAAAAAGAGGGACUUGAAUUUGAGGAGGAUGAAGACAUUAAAGAAAAUGAAGACAGGGAGCAAAAGAAAAAGAUCCAUGGACCUGGGGAUGCAGGAAGACUUCCCAGUGAGGGACAGAGCAGAGAAGAGGAAGAUCAGAGCCCUGGGGAGGAGGUGAAGCAGGCCCAUCAACACAGAAACCCAGCAAGGGAGGAGGAAGACAAAGACGAGGAUGAGACCAUCAGAGGAGACGUGUUCAGGAUGCCCUCUCAACUCCCAGUUCCUGCUCCUCCCAGAGGCAUGCCUCCUCUGCCAAGCAGGUGCUCUCUGUCCUACAGGACCAUCAGCUGCAUCAGUGCUGACCUCUCACAGAUACCACCACUAACAGCACCAGAGAUAACAAGUCUGGAGCUCAUUGGCAAUUCCAUCACCUCCAUUCCGGAUGAAGCAUUUAAUGGAUUACCGAAUUUGGAAAGGCUUGAUCUGAGCAACAAUAAUAUCACCUCUUCAGGCAUAGGUCCAAAAGCAUUCAAGCUUCUGAAGAAGUUAAUGCAUCUGAAUAUGGAUGGAAACACUUUGGUAGAGAUUCCUUCAGAACUACCAUCUACAUUAGAAGAACUUAAAAUCAAUGAGAACAAUCUUCAGGCUAUUGAUGAAGAAAGUUUAUCAGACUUAAGUCAAUUGGUCACCUUAGAAUUGGAAGGAAAUGAUCUCAGUGAAACCAAUGUCAAUCCUUUGGCUUUUCAACCUUUGAAGAGCCUAUCCUACCUGCGUCUAGGAAGAAAUAAAUUUAGAAUUAUACCACAGGGUCUUCCUGCUUCUAUUGAGGAAUUGUACCUAGAAAACAAUCAAAUUGAAGAAAUAACUGAAAUUUGUUUCAAUCAUACCAGAAAUAUCAAUGUCAUUGUACUAUGUUAUAACAAAAUUGAAGAAAACAGGAUUGCUCCUUUAGCCUGGAUAAAUCAAGAAAAUCUAGAAUCAAUCGACCUCUCCUACAACAAGCUCUAUCAGGUCCCCUCCUACCUCCCCAAGUCACUACUGCACCUUGUGCUCCUCGGGAACAGGAUUGAGCGCAUUCCUGGCUACGUGUUUGGCCACAUGAAGCCAGGCCUGGAAUACCUGUAUCUGUCAUUUAACAAACUCUCCGAUGAUAGUGUGGACCGAGUCUCCUUCUAUGGGGCUUAUCAUUCUCUGAGAGAGCUGUUUCUGGAUCACAAUGACUUAAAAUCUAUACCACCUGGGAUACAAGAAAUGAAAGCACUGCAUUUUCUGAGGUUGAACAACAACAAGAUACGGAAUAUUCUUCCAGAACAAAUUUGCAAUCCGGAAGAAGAUGGUGAUUCAACACUGGAACACCUUCAUCUUGAAAAUAAUUAUAUUAAAACAAGAGAAAUAUCAUCCUAUGCAUUUUCAUGCAUAAGAUCAUAUUCAAGUAUUGUUCUUAAACCACAGGGUAUCAAGUAAUUCCACUUUUUCCUUUGUCAUUUAUAAACUGUACUCAUAUAUUUGUUGUAGUAACAUUUGUCAUCAAUAAGAGAGACUGCAUAUCAUGUUAUACUCAGUAUCAUUAUGCUAGUUUAUCUGAUUCACCAAUCACAGAUGAACAACCAAAAAUAUAUCCAGAAGGUUUCGUCUUCUAGCACUUUAAUGAAGUUUCAUUUUCACACUCUAGAAAGAAGCCAUCUCUUGGCAAAGUUUUUCUCAUGGGACUAGGAUAUUAUGCACUGCUGGGCUAGACAGGGAGAAUCUGUAACAAAAUAAGCAUGUCUUUUACAAUAUAUAGGCCUGUGAGUACUGCUAUUAGCUGGAAAAUCCCCAAGUCCAUUUAAAAAUUAUGUAUGUUAUGGUUCAAGACCAAGAAGUGAAGGGCAGUAAAGAACAACAGGUAGAAUUUAUGAAUAAGUGUUCUGUUUAUUAUUCUACAGUUAAAACAAAAAUUUAUUUUCUUUAAGACCUUAUGCUACAAUCAUUGGUAUAAAUACACUUAAUUAUUGGGGUCGGCGUUAUUUAGUUCCUUAUUAAUUACAUCUGUGAAAUUAAAAUACUAUUGUAAUGUUAAUUUCCUGGUUUUGAGAAUUGUUCUAUGGUUAUUUAUAUGGUUAUAAACAUUAGGGGAAGCUGGGAGAAGGGUAUAUGUGAAUUCCAUACUAUUUUUUAAACUUUUCUGUAAGUCCAAAAAGUGUUAGAAUAUAUUAGGAUCACCCUUGUUAUACUUUACUCGAGAUCAAAAGAUUUUAUGGAAAGCAGUGGAGCUUGUUUAAUAUAUAAGUUAAUUAUCCUUAACUGUACCCUUGUAAAUGUAAACCUAAUGAAUUUUUGAAAAAUUUUAGCACCUAUCAUAUUUACCCUAAUUUGCUCAAGUGUAUCCUUUUCCUCAGUUCAAUUUAACAUAAAGCUAUUAGUAUUUACUAUAUAGUAGACCCUACCAAAACCACAUAUUAAAAUUUUCAUUAUGUAAUGAUCUUUCAUAUUUCUAAAAUAAUUUAUAAAAGAUACAUAUAAAAAUUAUGUUGACUUCUCUUGUUACUAUCAGUUUUGUGUCUUGCAAAACGCCAGGAACUUGGGCAGAUUAUUUUACUUUUUGAAGUUCAGCUAUUUAAUCUUUUAAUAGUUCUCUCACUACCCUCAAAACCUUCCAGCCCUACCUCAUAGGGCUGUUAUGAGAACUGGAGAAGAAUAAAAAGCAUCUGGGAAAUGCAGUAUGCAUGAGUAUAUUUACUAUUACCAAACUCUCAUAUAAAAUUGAGAGCAGCCAGCAUGUUCAACCAAAGAUGACUAUUUCCUGGUUCCUCAGAAAGCACCCCUCUCUUCAGUGUGUGUGCCACCACCCUGGCAACAGAUAAAUCUGGUACUAUGAAUUAGAUCUGUAUUGAUUAUUUCUUUGCAUAUGGGGCGUUGCAUGGUAAACAGCUAGGAGAUAUACCUGCUGUAUCUUGUUUCCCACCAAAGACUGUGAAACUUAGAAUAGAGACAAUUCAUUUCUUGGAUCUCUGUAUUCUGUGGGCAAAGUAGGAGCUAAAAUGACUGUUGAUCCCCUUAAUUUAAUCUGGAUCAGCUCAUAAGUUAUCCAAAGUUGAUAUUGACAAUAAUCCUAAACAAAACAAAAAAGGAUCUGCAAAUUUAAGGAUUUACAUAGGAAAAGUGAAAAACUGAACUGAAAAACAUUUAUAUAGUCAUAAAAUUAAUAAGAAAUAAUUUCUUAUUAAUAUUUCCUAAUAUGGACAUCAGAAAGCACAGAGCAUUUUUUAUAAACAAUAAAGUCAUGGUUUGACAACUGGUAAUACUUAGGAAUCAACUGACUGUUCUGCAUAAUAGCAACAUUGACUAUGUUUUCCAAAGCCAUUAUUUAAACAUACCAUGAAUUACUAGUUUCAUAGAUGCUGACAUAAAAGAAUAAAAUACUCAAAUUCUGCUGUUUAAGUAAAACCUCAAAGGGUGGGGUAAAACCUAUGAUAUUUAUUCCAAUACUUUCCCUUAUUUAGAAAACAGAAUAUUUCCUCAUAGAAGUAUUUACAGAUUAAUAAUGACAACUAUUUAUCUGUCCACAGUUGAAUGUGAAUUCAGAUCCUUGGUCAGCUGAAAGUUCAAAAAUAUUAAAAGUACUCAUGAAAAUAGUGAGAAGUUUCUGGCCAUCUCUAACUUAUGCCAAAUGACUCCGGGGGCCCUUAUGCCCUAGAAGUCUAUGAAACAUGAGGCCCAUCUCUUGUAGCUAAACAAGAACGAGUAUCGUAGUUCUGAACUGGAGUCCUUCUUAGUUGUGGACUUGGCCAAGUUAGACUCUGAUUUCUAGUUUCUCAACCAUGAAACUGGGGGGAACAACAUCUAUCCCCCAGGGCUGCUGGGAUGGUUAAAUGAGGCGAUGUCCACUACAUUGCCAGGCACAGGGUUAAUGUCAGAUAAAGUGAGUAUCCACUCCUUCAUGGACAGGCCCUGGGAAACCACAGGCAGGAAGGUUCAGUGACUUGCUCAAGGCUGCCAAGCCUCUUAAUAUGGUAGAUAUUAAUUAUUCAAGGAAAUUAAUUCCUUAGAUUAUGAAAUACAGUGAGAAAAUGAGUGGGCCUAUUACACUAUGACAGGGAUCAACAAAUACUCUCCAUAGAGGGCCAGGCUGCAGUGGGACCCUGCAGCCAUGUCAGCGGUCCUCCCAAUUUUGGCUGCCUUUCCUCUGUGUCACUGCAUGCUCAUAUCCAUGGCACAGAGCAGAGUAAAUUUAGAGCAGAAUGUGCUCGAGUAGUGGCUCCAUAAACGCAGAGUGAAACUGGGACUCAGAGUCUAAACUAUUUCUUGUUAUAGACAUGGGAGUAGUUCAGAAGCAGAUUUUUUUAAAAUCCUGAUUAUUGAAAAGAAAAAUAAGUCUGACAUAUAAGUGUAAUUACUUAUAAAUCAUAAUUAUAAAUCAUAAUUAAAAUGGCCAAUCAAACUGGAAGAGUAUCUGAUCAAUAAACCUGUCCUGCAGAUAGAUUUCUAUUUCUGAGAUAACCCACACGUAGGUGUACAGGGAUAGAGUAAGAGUCGGUGUGAAAGCCUCGGCCUUCCUAUCUGUAGCUGAGUGCAGCGUGCUCUGGGUAGACGGUUCUCCUAGGGAGUAUAAUUAUUUCAUUACUACCCUGUGAACACCAGCUCUGAUUGAACCUAAUUGAACAGAUCCAGAGGCAUUUGUAAAAGAUUUUCAGAGAAACUAAAAAUCUAUCAUAAACAAUGUAGUCCUAUGUUAUCACACGUUUGAUCCUAUGUGUCUUAAACAACACUUCAGCAUAUUCUAACCUAUUACUCAGGUCUCUGCUUCAAAGUGCUGAAAAGGAACUGUUAAGACUGUAAGCCAUGCUGAAAUACAUUCGGUUACACAGUUAUCUGCAAAGAAAUGAAUGCUUCCAACCAGUAAAUAGAGCUUAGUGAUCAAACAACGAAAAAAAUAAAGGCGUGACUCUUUCUUCUUUGAAGUUAUGUUUCUCUUUCUACAUGAACAUGGAUAAAAUAAAAACUUACAGUCUAGCAUAUUUUUUCCUUUGCACAAAAUGUGAAGAAUGUGAGUCCACACAAGAGAAAGCAGAUUGUAUUAAAAAUAACAUGUGAUUGCACUAAACACAUAUUAGUUUGGAAAAGAAAAGAAAUACAUCAUGUUAUUAAAAUGUCACUGUGUGUUUCUAAGUAACAGACUCUCUGUGGUCGAAUAAACUUACACUAAACUAUC